GAUUGAUGUCUAAAGACUCAUGUUACCUGAAGAAGAAGCCCAGAAGAGGAAAGAAGAGGAGUCAGGAAUGGCUGUCAUUCAGGGACGGUUGACAUUCAGGGAUGUGACCAUAGAAUUCUCUCAGGAGGAGUGGAAAUGCCUGGACUCUGCUCAGAGGGCUUUGUACAGGGACGUGAUGUUGGAGAACUACAGGAACCUGGUUUCCCUGGGAAUCUCUCAUUUUGACCUAAGCGUUAUCUCCAUGUUGGAGCAAGGGAAGGACCCCCGGGCUGUGGAGAGCCAUGACAAAGUAGGAAGAAAUCCAAAUUGGCAGGAAUGGAUCAAAGGGGUGAACACAGGUAUCUUUCUUGAAUGUGUAAUGAAGGAAUUACCAUCAAAAGGGAACAAGAGUACAGGAGAAGUAUUUCAAGCAAUGAUGUUGGAAAGACAUGAAAGCCAUGACAUUGAAGACUUUUCCUUCAGGGAAGACCAGAAAAAUAUACAUGUCUUUGAAUGUCAGUGGAGAGAUAAUGAAAGAAAUUGCAAUGGAACAUCCAUGACCCUUAAAGAGAGUCUCACUGGUAGAAGAGAUCAACAUGUUAGAAGGCAUGCAGGAAAAAUGCCUGAGGAGACUCAGCUUGGAUUUAGCUUUCAGUCACAUCUGCCUGAGCUGCAGGUGUCUCAGUCUGAAUGGAAAGUUUAUGAAUGUCAUCAAAUUGAGAAACCUCUGAAAAAAGAUUUUUCAGUUUCACCAGUUCAAGGAAUUUGUUCAAGUGUCAAAACUCUCAUUUCUAAACAGUAUGGGGAUGACUUUAUCUAUUCUUCAUCACUCACACAAGGACAAAGAGCAAACACGUGGGAAAAACCUUACAAACUUAAUGAAUGUGGCAAGGUCUUUAGUUAUCCUUCAAAACUUACAAUACAUCAGAGAGUUCCUACUGGAGAGAAACCUUACAAGUGUACUGAAUGUAGUAAAGUUUUCACUCGAAGUUCACAUCUUGCAAUACAUCGGAGAAUUCAUACUGGAGAAAAACCUUACAAAUGUGAUGAAUGUGGCAAGGUCUUCAGUCAGUCUUCAAGUCUAGCAAAUCAUCGGAGAGUUCAUACUGGAGAGAAACCUUACCAAUGUAAUGAGUGUGGCAAAGCCUUUAGUAUUAGUUCAAAUCUAACUACUCAUCAGGCAGUUCAUACUGGAGAGAAACCUUACAAGUGUAAUGAAUGUGGCAAAGUCUUCACUCGAAAUUCACAUCUUGCAAAUCAUUGGAGGAUUCAUACUGGUGAGAAACCUUACAAGUGUAAUGAGUGUGGCAAGGCCUUUCGUACAGAUUCAAAGCUAACUAUACAUCAGGUAAUCCAUACUGGAGAAAAACCUUACAAAUGUGAUGAAUGUGGCACGGUCUUUACUCAAAGGGCAAACCUUGCAAUUUAUCGUAGAAUUCAUACUGGAGAAAAACCUUACAAAUGUGAUGAAUGUGGCACGGUCUUUACUCAAAGGGCAAACCUUGCAAUUUAUCGUAGAAUUCAUACUGGAGAAAAACCUUACAAAUGUGAUGAAUGUGGCACGGUCUUUACUCAAAGGGCAAACCUUGCAAUUUAUCGUAGAAUUCAUACUGGAGAAAAACCUUACAAAUGUGAUGAAUGUGGCACGGUCUUUACUCAAAGGGCAAACCUUGCAAUUUAUCGUAGAAUUCAUACUGGAGAAAAACCUUACAAAUGUGAUGAAUGUGGCACGGUCUUUACUCAAAGGGCAAACCUUGCAAUUUAUCGUAGAAUUCAUACUGGAGAAAAACCUUACAAAUGUGAUGAAUGUGGCACGGUCUUUACUCAAAGGGCAAACCUUGCAAUUUAUCGUAGAAUUCAUACUGGAGAAAAACCUUACAAAUGUGAUGAAUGUGGCACGGUCUUUACUCAAAGUUCACACCUUGCAAUUCAUCGUAGAAUUCAUACCGGAAAAAAACCUCACAAGUGUAGUGAGUGUGACAAAGCCUUUAGUGUGCAUUCCUGCCUAACUGCCCAUCAGUAAUCAAUCCAUUAUGGAGUUAAACCGUAUAUAUGUCAUCAGUGUGUCAAAUACUUUUUUCAGUGUUCAUGGCUUGCUACCCAUGAUUCCAUUACAAAAUAUAAUUAUUAAGAAUGUUUGCAAAAUACUGUUUAGAUUGCCUUACAUAUUUUUAGACUAAUGAAAAGUAAUGUGUCAAAAUGUUUAUUAGAUAAUAUCUCUGAUUAAACAAUUUUUCUGGACAUUUUUCUAAAAGCUAUAAAAUGUCUAUUUCAGAUUGUGAUAUUCUACAAUAUAUUACAGAAUGACUCAAUUGUAGUCGAAUUACUUUUUGAUUUUGUAUGAAAAUUUUUGUAUCAUUUUUUAACUUCCAUGUGUUAUAAUCCAGGUUAUGUAGUUAGUGCAGAUUUCUUCCAUGUGUUAUGCCAAUAAAAAAAUUGGGAUAUUUA